AUGUUAUCAUCAUUCUGCCUCUUGGUAGUUCUCAGCAUCAGCCCUCUCGUGGCUGGAAGUCUGGUCAAUGGUAUAGAACUCAACUAUGAUCGGAGCCUCGAGGGUCUCGUGGACGUCUACAAGCGCGAAGUCGAGGUGAUAGAGAAGCUCAGCAUCCCAUCCAAAUGGCGGAAGCCAAAGUCCAGCAAGGGCCUGGAGGGCAUUAAUGCGCGCUCGCUUCUACGCCCGAGAAGAAGCACUUGCUUUGGAAGGUGCUGCCCACGAACCACAAACUGCUGCUCAGCGGGCUAUUGUAUCGAGCCCAACGACGUCUGCUAUCCCAAGGGCCCCUGCGAUCCUGGCGAAGGCUGCUGCGGCUCUAGCCACUGCUAUCCACUCGGCGGCCAGUGUUGCUCCGAUGAAAGCUUCUGCACGCCGGGAGUAUGCUGCACCGAUGCAAAGUGCACAGCCCACUUAUGCCACCACGCCACGACUACCCAGCCCGUCACCACGACCCGAACUCAGACGUACACAUGGACAGUGACCUACUGGUACUGGUACUAUUACUGGACUGUCUCCGUGGAAAUUGACGCUUCGCUUGUGACAUCAACUCGGCGAACCACAACCACCUGGUUCGUCGUCGCGACGACAGAUGCUGCUGCUGCCUCCGAGUAUUUCAGCAACCUCUCCAAGACUGUGGUUCUCCCCACGCCAGCCGAGGCAACGAGCCUCCAGACAUUGGCCGGGCAAACUUCGUUUGCCAAAGCACCCCCGUCGUCCACGAGCAGCCAGCCAAGGGAAACAGAGACUGCCUCAGAGAGCUCCCCAAAGCCAACAAGCCGCGCCACAGCAUCGUCGUCCUCUGAGUCGAGUGAGUCAAGCGAGCCGAGCGAGACUGAGACCUCAUCAACAGAGGAUGAAACGUCCAGUAAAGAAUCAUCUACGUCAGGGAGCUCUUCCUCCCAGGCCGAGACGACCUCGAGUGCUGCUUCCCCUACCGGAAGCUCGAGUGCCGCACUUGCUCUAUGCUUUAACAUGGAUGCUUUUACCAUCUGGUUCUUCACCUUUGGGGCUGGGGUUGGUCUUGUUGCCGUGAUGCUGUAG